CUGUGUAACUAACGAAUACACAGGGAAUACUGCCACCUAAUUUAUCCUUCAUUCCCUCGUUAGGUGAAGUCUGGCUAGGCUCAUUUGGCUGCCUUUAAACUUUUUUUUCUGUCCAUGUACAGAGUAGACUCAAGACGUCAAUGCAGGCAAUCUACCGGCCAAAGGAACAUGAUCGCGACCGAAUAAGAAGAUUGGUAUUUGUGGAAAGAUUUUCCUUGGGCCUGGAGGUCGUUUUAACAUUACAUCCACAAUGCGAUCACCACGGCGUUUACGGCGAGUGGUAGCCCUGGCAGUUGCCUUGGUGCUUUUCUUGACGUUGCUGCUACAUUGGCGAACGAAUAAUCCACGAUUCGCUCCGACUAAAUACCCCCUGCUUGCAAGAUAUGUAACUGACCGGAGAAGAGACGGUGGAGUUUGGUAUUUACCUCCAGAGUGGACUCGGGGGUCAGGUAUAUCCCCCAGCAACAUUGUUGAGGCCGCAGAAUGCGCCCUGAACCUGUCCAGGUCAACAGCGCAGAGGCAACUUCCACAUUCUACUAUCCCAUUGAUUCUUCACCAAACUUGGAAGAAUACCAAUCCAGAAACAUGGCCGGACAUGUUUCGUCAGAGUACUGAAAAAUGGCUCGGGGCUGUUGAAGACAGCACAAUGGCCUACUUUCUGUGGGAUGAUGAUGGCAUUGCUCAGUUUAUCAAAUCGUUCGAGCCUGGACUAGAAGAUCAAUUCUAUGCUCUCCCAAGCAGUGUAGAACGCUCGGACGUGUUUCGCAUUCUCGUUUCUAAAUGGAUUGGUGGUAUUUAUGGCGAUAUGGACACGGAGCCCAUUCGCUCGCCAACAGACUGGAUCACCUCUACAGAUAUCUUGUCCUGGCGGGAUCCAGAGACAGGCCAUAUGUAUAACUCCACCGAACCGGUCCAGGCAAUUGUAGGCUUGGAAGCAGAUUGCUCCCCUGACACCGAUCUGUACUGGCGCAUGGGCUACACCUACCCGGUCCAGCUCACGCAAUGGUCAUUCGCCUGGACACCGAGGCACCCUAUCCUGCAAUUAUUCCUCGAUCACCUAUUUAUGACGUUGCACAUCGUCUCCAGUAACAACAACGGCCACUUGGAAUCAAAUUCCGCGCAGCAAGAAAUGUACGCUUUGGAUCCACUGACAUUCACGGGUCCUGUCGCUUUCACGGACUCUGUGCGUAUGUGGCUCGAAAGUACCUCGGGGCUGAGGUGGAAUGCUCUCUCGGGCCUCAGGGAUGGGGGUCUCAGCAAGUUGGUGGGUGAAGUUCUGGUUCUCCCAAUCACGGGCUUCAGUCCUGGUCGAGGCCAGUAUGGCAAUAUGGGGUCGAAAUCGGUGACCGAUCCUUCCGCGCGCCUAGUCCAUCAUGCUCAAGGGUCCUGGAGGAAAACCAGUCUUCUCGUUGAGUAUGGGAAAUUCUGCCGCACGGUAUUCGGGCGCUGCAGGGACUGGUCGAAGGUGCCUCAUAACUUCAUUACGUGACACGAGAGCGAAAAGUUAAGCUUAAUUCUUGUUUGAUGUAGUAGUAAUUUUUUUUCGUAUACACUUAUUAAUUAUACUUACACUUCCGAUCUUCAUCUCCCUACGGAGUAUACUCGGGCAAACAGCACAUCCAACACUCGUGGUGAUAUAGAUCUAAAUUUGACUGGAUGUGCC